AGAGGGCCCUGAGGAAAGCCAGCCGACUGGCCGCGAGACUGCGGUCCCGCUGAGGUCAACGUUGUUUUCGUACAAUUUUCUGAUCAGUCUUUGAAGAUUGACGAGACAAGGGGAGGCCCGCUCACAGGAAUUCUUUGGCCUGAUUGCUGAGACAUUCGUUCAACAGGAAAAUAUGAAUGACUCUAGGCAGCAGUCACUGUUCUUCAUCACACUUCCAGACUUAAGCAAACUCUGUGCUGUCAGGAUAAUACUGAGUAAUGAAGUGGUGGAUACUGAGAUUAGGAGUACCCAACUAAAGAUAUGCAGGCAAUUGCUGUUUUUGUACCAAGAUAUCUUUACAUCACCUGUACCUGGAAUAUUUACCCAAAUUUGGGUGGUGAUGGCGAUACCAUUUUAUAAAGCUGGAAAACUUAAUGCCUACAUUGAAAAAUAUGGAGCUAAGAUGGAGGCUCCACAACGAGUAAUUCCUUUAAUUCUUCAAAGCUGCCUGUCAUAUUCACUCACGGCUAGACUUGCUCCAACCUGGAAUAAAAUGGGCCAUCUCUUGGUGCAAGGAAGAGAAUUUCUUUCUCAGAUGGGAAAGCAAAGUGCUGUUGUGUUAGACAUCAAUGUAACAGAAACUCAAGUUUGCCUAAGUAUAGAAGCUUACACGAUCAGACUGCCACCACCUCAGCUAAGAGAAUUUGAUAUUUCUCGGAGUAUUAUAAAGGAUUUUGGUACUAACAAGAAUGCUGUUAUUGAGGGACAUUCGAUUUUAAGCAACUGGUGCUACGUUUUACCAAGUAUGAAAAUGGGACAAAUAAUAAGUAUUCUUCACACCAUACCUCCUGACUGUCCUUUUCACUCAUAUGAAGAUUUGCAGGUGCACUGGGACGACCUGUAUGGCUAUAAACUUCCAGAAGAUUGUGGAAAUAUUCAAAUAUACUGCAGCAUCUACUUCAAAAUGAUAGGAGGAAAGAUCUUCAUAUAUCCUCUCAGUUGCAUCAGAAGUCAGCCCAUACAGUUCUUUCCAAGGGUAGAUAUGGAAGGUGUGUUAAAAAGUUUUCUUUCAGAAUUAAAAUCUAAACUGCCCCAUAUAUGUGGAUUUCCCAUAAAGAUGACAACUAAACCAUGCUACUACACACAAGAACUAACGAAAGUGCAUCUACAGGAAAACAAAGUCAAGCCGCCCAACCUAACCACUAAACAAAAGUUCAGGUCCUCUCUGGCUCAGCCCCCUUCCACAAGACCUGCCCUGGUUCAAAAUCUUCUACCACAUUUCAUAGCUGCAGACCACAAGGUGGAGCUUUCAGUCAGCCAGCCGAAGUCCUACCUGCCCUCAGCUUGGCCCCUCCAGCCAGAAUCUGUUCAGAGCACAAAGAAGUCCCUGUCUGGCAAGACAGCACAAGUGCAUCUGGAAGUACCAAAGCUCAGCAGAGUAAAUACUCAAGUCCAAGACACAAAUUUUAGCUCCCAGCAUAAUAUUGCCCCUAAAUUCAUACCAGUUUUCAAAAAUCAGUCAUUACAGAUGAACAGAAAUAUCUUAGAACCUGACAACCUGAAAAGAAAACAGCAUAUUGUUACAGAAUCUAAGUUGUUUUCACUUAAAACUAGCAUGACCCAGUAUGACAAACCAAAUUUACAUCCAGCUAUUCAAAAAAGAUCUCAUCGCAGCAUUCAAAUGAAUGCUAGAAAUUUAAAUCUGAAGACUGAUAGAUCUCUGCAAGGAAAAAACACCGAGUCCUGUGAAAAUGCGACAAAAAAUCCCCCUUCUGGUGGAAAAUCAUCGACUCUGAGUUUAAGUGAAAGUAAACCACGAUCUAAUAGUUCAGUAUUUCAGACAUCAAAUAACAAUUUAGGUGUAAUAAAAAGUGCUGUUGACUUCCAAACGAAUGGAAAUGAAAAUUUGACAAGCAAAUAUAUAACACAAAUUUUAGGGAAAAGCCAUGUGUCACUAAAAGUGAAAAAACAACCACACAUUUUUGAGUCAGACACAGAAAUGGAAAAUCCCCAACUGCUACAGCAACAAUCAGUUGGUCAAACUGAAGAAGUUGGUGUCAGUGACCAUCGGUUCACAGUGAGCAGAACAGCCCACAGGUCUAAACGGAAACUGUGUCCGGACUCUUCAAAGUCUUCGAAGAAGCCUCAUUCCAGUACUGUCCAGUGUACACAAUCCAGCUCUUCUAGGAACCAGAUACAUAACGUGGACAAAUCAAAACCUAAGAAAUCUCUCAUCAUUCCUAAAGCUUAAGACAUGGAUGUGAAAGAAGAAACUAUCCACCAGAGAUAACCACACUGGAGAGUGGAUGGACAUUUACACGCACUCCUGUGAACAUGGAAUCAGGCUCCAUCCACUGCUGUGGAAAUGCUUUUUUUCACUCAACAGGUUUUUUCAUAGUUACAUAGUAUUUCUUUGCAUGUGGGUGUAAUGUAUUUAACCGUCCCAACUGAUUGACAUUUAAGUUGUUCCCAACUUUUCACUAUGACAACAAUGUCAUAUUUAGUCUUGUGCAGAUCUUUGCAAAUAUCCAGUUAUAUAG